AUGCGUUUCGCCCAGACGCUCCUAGGUCUCCUCUCCCUCACCUCCCUCGCGCUCUCCUCCCCCGUCCCGGAUCCGCACCCUGUCUCCCUCUCCAAGCGCUACAGCGGCACGCCCAAAGGCAAAGACGGCUCCGGCGGCCCCGACGUCAGCGACUACAACACCGACGACGAGAUCCGCGCGGCCUACAUCACCCCCUCUGGGCCCUCCGUCUUCUUCUCGCAAAUCCCCUCCUCGACCCUCGCCUACAACUACGCGCAGUCCGUCAACGGCGUCAUCUUCCGCGGCACCUUCCCGCGCGGCUUCACCGCGCAGAACAAGCGCUCCAAGGAAUGGUACCAGGACUUCGCAGACCGCUUCUCAGGCGUCUACGCCGAGAAGGCGAGCGGCGAGGUGUUUCUCGUCGCGCCCUUCGACGCCGAGAUCGCGGCCUGCAGGGUCUGGCAGCGCAUCGAGCUGCCCACGCUCAGGGACAACGCGGCGGUGACGAAGAUCACGCUCGUGGAUCAUGACGAUUUUACUAAGACGAAGACGCUGUUUGAGCGCGGCGUUACGCGGUUGGCGCUGAGGGAUAUGGACUUUGGGAGCCUGGCGAAGAGGGAUGAUGCUUGCCCCGAUUGGACGGACGAUGAGGAUGGUAUGGAUCCGGCGGAGCCGGAUGUCGACUCGGAUUCGGACUCGGAUGUGGAGGAUAUCUUUGACUAG